UGACUCGUCAGUGAACUCGGUCGAAGGUACGAGAUUAUCUUAGCGGAUCUCGACGUCGAGACCAAUCUCCCAGCGAUAGGUCGCGCGCUGCUCUCGUCUCCGUCCGUACCUAAUCCGUCCAAUGGAUUCGUUCGGUCGGCCGGAGGCUCGCGGUGCGCCUCCCCCACGGGCCUCUGCCCGGGGAUGCGCGGAGAAAGUCACUCGGUCGUGAAAGUAGCGGCGGCUUUUGCGUCCGGAUCUCCGGAACUCCGCGGUUGCGUAAGUCCCGCGUGGCGCAACAGCGGCUUCCUCUCGUGCCGAAGCCUCUCGUUUACGGGUGCGCGUAACACUCGUUGUGACAAGAUAACGGAGCGCGUGAUCUCGCUCCUUCCUGGCCUCGACUCAGCGAAGCAUCGUCGUCGGGCAAUGGCAAGCCUCAUCAAUACCACGACGACUUUAAUAAACGAUGCCUACGACUAUUAUCUCUGGACGCUGUCAUUGGCAGAUGAGAGAACGCGAGGAUGGCUUUUUGUGGAUUCGCCAAAGCCAACGCUUCUGUACACGUUGCUGUACCUCUUCAUUGUGUGGUCCGGGCCCAAAAUCAUGAAGCAGCGAAAGGCAUUCAAGCUUACGUGGGCCCUGGUACCUUACAACCUCGCCAUGGCUCUACUCAAUGCUUACAUUGCCAUUGAAUUGUUCGUAGCAUCUACCAAGUUACGUUACAGCUACGUAUGCCAGCCGAUAAGGCACAUAUCAAGGCCGGAAGAGUUACAGAUUGCAAACGCUGUUUGGUGGUACUACUUCAGUAAACUUCUUGAGUUUUGCGACACAUUCUUCUUUAUUUUACGUAAGAAGGAUAACCAGCUGAGUUUCCUUCAUGUUUACCAUCACUCCACGAUGUUCUCACUUUGGUGGAUUGGUAUUAAGUGGGUCCCGAGUGGUUCCACAUUCUUACCUGCGAUGGUAAACAGCUUCAUCCACGUGCUCAUGUACUCGUACUAUGGGUUGGCAGCGCUGGGACCAUCGGUAACCAAAUACCUUUGGUGGAAAAAAUACUUAACCAUCCUCCAGCUAAUUCAAUUUACGACCGCUUUAAUUCUUGGCAUCAAUGGUAUUAAGUCAGGAUGCGACUUUCCACUUUGGAUGCAGUACGCCCUUGUUAUUUACAUGAUUUCCUUCAUCGUCCUUUUUGGAAAUUUCUAUGCGAAAGCUUAUAUUGCUAAGGGCAAACAAGCGUACGCCGCGAAGCUGGAGAGACGACGACUGGCCGAGACGAAAACUGCCGGGAAGGAGGUGAACGGGAACGUCGCUCUGAUUAACGGUCUCGGUAACGCCCACACAAACGGCGUUUCCAAGAAGCUCCAGUGAGCGGACGUCACCGCUAUGAGAGCCUCUCCCCCAUGCCCCCGAACCGGAGAACUCGUGAGAAGAAGAAACUCGGAGCGCGCGAGCGUGCACGAUAAAUCGAUGAUUUAGCGAGCUCCGUGAAUUCCAUAUUUGUAUAAACAAUCUAAUCUAUCACACUGCCGUCAAUGGAAAAGUGCAAACCCUAGGUCGACACGAGCCGAUUCGGUAUGCACGCGCUGGAUAGCUUAAGCACGGCUACGGUGACGACUUUUCGUUUUACACGUUUAGGCCGAGUGAGCGAAGAAGAAACAUUUUAUCGGCAUUAACAGUGACGACCCAAAUUUGUUAUCCAAUCGUAGAAACGCGUUAUUCUCAUUCAAUCGAAGAUUUGUACUUUAAGCGUUAUAUAUUUUUGGCAGGGGACGAUAAAUGCUUAUAAGCGAGGCUUAUUUAUAAAUUAUUGCAU